GAAGGAAAGAGGAUUGCUUUGUGUACCCCAAAAGCCAUUCUUUGUUUCAUUUCCAUCAUUUCUCCUUCAUAUUCUUUCCAAAUAAAACCCUAAACUUCCAUCAGAAUCGUCAAUAUUUUUCAAAGCUCCCAAAACUAAACAUGUCUCUGAGUCCACCUCGUUUGAGGGACAUUAACAAUGACGAUGGCACAACACCACUAUACGGACUCUACUGGUGCUACCAUUGCAAUCGGACGGUGAGGACUGCCUCCAACAACCCAUCAGAGACAGUCUGCCCUCGUUGUUUCGGGCAGUUUCUGUCGGAGUUUGACAUGUCGAUUAGACCUAGACUUCUCGUAGACUACACCAGUUUCGAUCCAUCCCCGGAAGCUCGUCUGCUCGAAGCACUUUCCCUCAUGUUCGAUCCGCUCAUGAGGCCUUUCAACCGUGAAUUAUAUGACCCGGAAGCCGAUUCCAGAGGACGUCCAUGGUAUUGGCGACGCCACCUUGGCCAUGAGGGCAGAGGUGCAGGUGUAGAACCUGAUGUUCAAGAUUUGAGGACAAAUAGGAGACGGAGGCGGCGCAACCCUAGCUUUGAUGGUAGAGAAAACUGGGAGGUUGAAUCUGAGCCCCGCACUCGAAGCCGUCCCAGGAAUUUGAUUAUAGUCCGACCCGUGGAAGACCCUUCUAAUCCAGUGGGACCCACUCAUAGACCACAAGAAAAUCUAGUACUACCCGCUCCACGUGGAGUCGAUCUAGGAAACUACUUUUUUGGGCCGGGCCUUCACGGACUGAUCGAAGAACUAACCCAAAACGACAGGCCCGGCCCGCCUCCAGUACCCGAAAUGGCAAUCAACGCAAUACCAACUGUGAAAAUCAGCGAGGUCCAUUUGAGCAAUGAGUCUUGUUGCCCAAUUUGCAUGGAGGAGUUUAAGAUUGGUGGAGAGGUGAGGGAGUUGUCAUGCAAUCACAUAUACCACAGCGAUUGUAUUGUUCCGUGGCUGAGGCUCCACAACUCUUGCCCGGUUUGCCGGGUUGAGAUUCAGGUAUGCGGUGGCGGAUUGGUAGAGUUGGGGGGCUCGAAUAGUGGCGGAGAGGGGCGGACAAGACGGCGCGUGAGGUGGAGUAGGUUGGGAUCUUUGUGGCCAUUUCGAUCAAGGCAUCGUUGAAACAAGCCACAAGGUGAUAAUGCUACUUCUACUUCUAGAGUUGGUUAAUGUUAAUGUUAAAUUAUUAUUUCUAUUAUUUGAUUAUGAAAAAAAUUUCAAGUUAUGAAUGUUAUACAUAAUUGCGAUAACAAUGGGAAUGGUUGCGACUUCAAUUUCUAUUAUUU